AUGGCACAAAGGACUGAUCAGCCAACAAACAUCGUAUUUUCUGGCAGCGAAAAGCCGAUUAAUAAAUUUAUUAAUCCAACAAAAAUCCAUAAAGCAACAUCUCAACAAAUUUUAAUAAAUCCCUUCUCCGAAUAGAAAUAAAAUGGUUAAGUGGUGGAAAUUCGGCUCCGAGGCACUCCCUAUGGAGCAGGUAAGCUGGAAAAGAUUUUACCUCUCACAUAGUCUUUGUCUAUCUGGAUUAUCGGGGAGACCUACAGAGGGUGGCUCUAACCAAUGGAAACUGAUUCUUUGGCUAGGUUAGUUUUGUCAAAAAUUUAUUUGGACCUUACACCGUUUUCACUCUGUUGUAAGGACCCCCCCCUCAUUUGUCGAAUUUUCUAGUCUUUUUUUUAUAAGAAUUUUUUUUUUUCAGGACCUCAUUUGUCCCAAAAUCUAGUCAAAAAUGAUUUGUCCAAUUUUCUAGUCUUUUUUGGAUUUUUUCGAAUGCCCUAAAUUCUAGUUUUUUACUUUAAAAAAACUAGAAAAUGAGACAAUUGAGGUCCUGAAAAUUUUUUUUCUCUAUCAAAAUUUUGACUAGAAAAUUGGACAAAUGAGGUCCUAAAAAAUUUUUUUUUCCUAUAAAAAAAACUAGAAAAAUGGACAAAUGAUAAAAGACUAGAAAAUCGGACAAAUGAGGGGGGGUCCUUAUACACACCCAGCGAAAGCCACUUUUCUUUAGAGUCAAGGCAGCCCGGCUAGUGGGAUGCCGCAUAUGGCCACGCAAUAUUUAAAUAUUUUUAUCUUAAUCUUCUCCGAACCUUCUUUUCAAAUACCCACAGUUACAACUAAUACAUUCUCUCCUCAUUCACAGUUUCCAAAAUUUAAUAAAGAGCGCGCCUUAUCUUACACUCCAAUCUCUAUGAAGCUAAAAUUUACAGAGCCAAGCUCCCCUAUAGCUAAAAAGCUAUCAUUUCGUCUUGAGUCAUUACCUCAGCAGCUUGUGGCAAGCAAAGCAGAUAUACUAAUUGACCAAGAAUAGCCCACUAAGGAGCCAUUCUUGGUCUGCCAGAAAAAAAUUUUGACAAAAGAUCCUAAUCUGCCAUUACCACUGAGUUUUGGUGUUUCCAAAUUUUUGGGCAAGCCAAAUGCAAUAAAAAAAAUUGUUCUUUUGCAAUGAUGCAUUUUGGCUUGUCAAAAAAAUUUGGCAACAUCAAAACUCAGUGGUAAUGGCAGAAAAGAUCCUAAUCUGCCAUUACCACUGAGUUUUGGUGUUUCCAAAUUUUUUUGACAAGCCAAAUGCAUCAUCGCAAAAGAACAAUGUUUUUUAUUGCAUUUGGCUUGCCCAAAAAUUUGGAAACACACCAAAACUCAGUGGUAAUGGCAGAUUAGGAUCUUUUUGUCAAAAUUUUUUCUGGCAGACCAAGAAUGGCUCCAUAGUGGGCUAUUCUUGGUCAAUUAGUAUAAAAUUGAUAAGCCUAUUAUAAAAUGUAACUCCCCAAAGCAUUUUGCCAGCAAUUUUGAUAAAUCAAUAAGAUCAAGCUUUGCUGGGAAUUGAAAAAUGAUGCAGUCAGGGAAUUUUUUGACCCAAAAUCCAAAUUUUUGAGGACAAGAAAGUGAUGGAUUUAGAAAUGAAGAGAAUAAGAAGUUAAUGGGAAAUAAAUCUGGCCCAGUGUAUUUUUCUGCAAAGAAAUUUAAAGCGUAA